UCGAUCUAAUCGCUACAGCGACGGGAACCACGCCCCAGCCGCCAUCGCCGAUGCUUUCGCCAUUGCGGAUCCCUUUGCCGGCACCGAGGUGCCAGAGAAGCCGCGGCCGCCGUCGGGACGCCGCUGCCGAGAUCCUCCAUCGCCGUCCCGGCCCCGGCCAUCCAGGUGCCGCCGACCCACGCACGCCGCCGCUCCACGCGCGUGGUCUGCCCCUCCACGCCUCCAUGCGCCGCUGCAGCCCACGCACGCCAUCUGCCCCUUUAAACCUCCACGUGCCGCCGAUGAGUUCGUCGUUGCCGACGGGGAGAGCGGGGGGAACAACCUCGGGGAGCGAGAGGCCGUCACCGGCCCCGGGAUUCGGCGCCGCGCGGCUGUCAUCGACGCAGUCCGGAGGUACCAAGUCUGCUACUCGUACCGACAUGUUGGUCGACGUAGGAAUGGUAGCUGGCUGUGAUAAUCUUGAGGUUCCACGACAUGUUGGUUCUUUGCCCCAAUCCUGA